GACGUCACUUGGGAAGUAUUUUGUUAUUAAAAUUGUUGUUAUGGAAUCUUGAGUAAAGCAGAAAUAAGUCAAAACUACCUUACACAUCAAUCAAUCAGCGUUGAGUCUGCUUUGUUUUCUUUUACCAGCUGGUUUAUAUUUAGAACUUGCAGUUAUUCUACAGAACAUUUCCUUUGAAACUUUCUCUAAAAUUUGUAUCUCUCUGCAAAAUAUGAUACGUGUCAAGUUCCCCUUGAAAUAUUGCUUUCACGCAUUAUUAACUUAAAAGUAGUCAAAUGUAGGUAUUUGUAAUGGCAGAAGAUAAAGUUAUAAGUGUUGCUCUGUUAUCGGCUUCUUGUAAUAUUAUAUUACAGGUUUUAGUUCGAAUUAUAUCUUCAUUAUCAAAUGCUAUCAUCUUUCGUUUUAUUUGCCGUGAAGCUCUUGGAGUUAUUAAUGUAAGACUACUGCUGUUGUAUUCUACUUGCCAUUGUCUUAGCAGAGAAGCAUUUCGUCGUUCAUGUUUAUCAACUUUUGAUAAGAAAAGUCUUCAACAAAAGUUUAAUCUAUUAUGGUUGAUUGUUCCCGUGUGUUUUGUUUGCUCUUUCCUGUUACGAUACAUCUGGUUGUAUGUAUUGGAAAAACCUGAUCCAACUUUAGUUCCUGAUUACACAAGUGGUGUAAACAUUGUGAUAUUAUCAGUCCUCAUUGAAAGUCUUGCAGAACCCAUUUAUGUCUUUAGUCAAAGUUGCCAUUUUAUAAAAUUGAAAGUUGUCAAUGAAGGGUUAAUGUUAACAAUUCGAAGUUUCUGCAUGGUUGUUUUGCUAAGUCGAUGGCCUCAUUCUGCUAUGUAUUGUUUUUGUUUCAGUCAGAUACUGAGUUCCAUUGUGUAUACAUGUAGCUACUAUGGUUAUUUCACCUACUAUCUCAAAACAAAUGAAUCUAAUCAUGAUUUGCUGAUUAAUUCCAUUGCAGAUACUUUUCCGAAACUAACUAUGACAUUUGUUCAUCUUGAAGAUUUAAAGCUAGUUUGGAGCUUUUUUAAACAAACUUUACUAAAACAACUUCUUACUGAAGGGGAACGAUAUCUAAUGACCUUCUUUAGCCUACUUUCUUUUGCUGAGCAAGGUCUGUAUGAUGUUGUUAAUAACCUGGGCUCUUUAGCCGCUAGAUUCAUAUUUUUACCAAUUGAAGACAGUUCAUAUUUACUCUUCACCCAAUUAUUACCGAGAAACAAAUCACAAUCUCAGGAAAAUAUUACAUUAUGCCUUACAGUUUUGGGAAAUAUCCUUAAGUUGAUGGCUCUAUUAGGACUGACUAUUUUAGUUUUUGGAAUUUCUUAUUCCCAACUUCUAUUAUACUUGUAUGGUGGGACAAAGUUAAGUUCUGGAAUCGGUUUGACAUUGAUGAGGUGGCAUUGUUUUUAUGUUCUCUUGUUGGCUGUUAAUGGAAUUUCUGAAGGUUUCAAAUUUGCUGUUAUGUCUCAUGUGGAAAUUGAUAGAUACAACAAAAAUCUUGUUCUUCUAUCAAUUAGUUUUCUAUUAGCAUCUUAUGGACUAGUCACUUUUUUUGGAAGUGUUGGAUUUAUACUGGCUAAUUGUCUUAAUAUGUUGUUUCGCAUUGUACACAGCUUCUUUUUCAUACAGAACUAUUUCAAAAUAUCCAAAAUGUGGUUUCUCAUGAAAAUAAUGCCUCAUACAGUAAUAUUAUUGGCUUUGUCUGUGAUUUUCUGUAUCACAUAUUUUACAGAGGCUUAUUUUUGUUGUAUGACUUUUAAACGUUGGAUAUGGCAUUUACUGUGUGGCGGUUGGUGUUUUCUUCUAUUAAUUGUAAUCAUUUGGAAUAAAGAAAAAGCCUUGAUAAGUUUCAUUCAAGAACAGUGGAGAAUGCAUAAUAAGACAGAUGCUAAACUGAAAUCAACUUGAACUCUUCUGUGAUACUUAACAUUCAUUUUUAUAAUUUAUUUUUAUAUGAAAUGUGAUUUAUAACAUAGCUUAUUUACAUUAACAGUGCAUAAUCAAGCGCUUAAUUUUUGUUAUGGAAAUUCGGCAAUGCAAUAUUUAAUUCUUUAACUGUUGAUUCCAAACUCUGUUUGGACUUGAUUAUUUUGCAACACAAUAACCCAGUUUUUAAAUAGAGAAACAUGUGUCCCCAAAAUAACGAAUAAUUUCAUAAAUUCUUUUUUAAAAAAAUUGCUAGACAAAAAUGUAUGGUCAGCUGCAUCCUACUAAAGAAACCCAAUUAUUAAUUCUCACUAAGCUAGAAAGUUCAUAAGAUAACACUGCUGAGUGAGAAAACUUAUAAUAUCUACUGUGUGACUUUUCCUAAGACUCUGUUAAUUUAGCUCUCAAAUUGCACCACGUUGUUGCUGUAGAUGUUUAUUUUGUUCGCAUAUUUUUUCUCAACUAGCAGUGCGGUCUGUUGACCAAUUUUAUUAUUACUUUUAAAACUGAUUUCUCUUGUUUUCUAAGCAGAAAUCAGCAAAUCAUAAAUUUUUUUCUUAAGUGAUUAGCGCAGUAAACCAUCAGUCAUUUGGGAAAGACUUGAUACUAGGUUCUUGUGCAAAUAUGACCUAAAAGCUCAACAGUUAAAGGAUUAAAGAAUUUUCAAAUGUGUUAUUAUAACAAGCACUCAUUUUUACGAGUAGUUAUUCUAUACAUUUUAUUGAUACUAAUAUUUUUUUUUCUAAAAGUUAAUAUUUAUGAAAAAAUGAAAAGCAAUAUAUUUUGUUAUUUAUUUUUCUUUCAAUCUUAAAGCAAUAAAAUACUAAACUGUAACUUGUGUAUUUUUAUUUAACAAAAACGUAAAGCAAUCACUUCAGCUUUCUUCUUUGAUUCCCUGAGUUCGUCUUGUUUUUUAACAAGUGCUCUCUGUGUCCGAUUUCUAAAUAGAAUAUAAAAUUUUAUUAUUGUGUAUUGGAUUUAAUUUAUUAAAAAAUAUACAUAUUCAGUUCUUAAAAGUUAUGCUUAAAUUCAUUAAAAUACACUUUGAUAUAUUACUAAUAACAAGUGCCUAUAAAAUCCGUUGAAGAAAAAUAUAAAUGUUUAAUUUAAUCAUUUUAAAAUUAGUUACGAAUUUAUUUAACAGGUAGCAUUACUGACUAGAAAAAUCUAUAAAACAAUGUUUUCUGCUGCAUGUCAGACCAUUCUAAUUGAAAUAUUUCUAUGGGAGUAUAUUACUUUUGUCGUCAGAAUGCACAGGAUUGUUGUUGCAAAGGGUGACUGUUUUGAGAAUAGUUUUUUCUCAUUUUCUCGUGUAGUUUUCUCAGCAGCACCCAUCUAUUGACAAACUAUGUAAGUAAGUUUGCAAUUUGAUGAAAAAAUAUCUGGUGUCUUGCAGGAUAUUGAGAAUCAUAUACUUAAACUUUGUUCUUAUUUUUAAGGGGUAUGAGCAUUGUACUCCUUGUUUAGUUUUCAAUCACAAGUGUAACAAAAAAAAUUAAUAUGUUGAAUCCAUUUUUCGGAUGUAACAAUCUUAAAAAGUUUCCUAACAGCCCGCUCAUUUUGAAAACAUAAAAUCAAAAAUGGUGCUGCUUAUUAUUUUUUUUAAUUUAUUGGAAAUUAUGCUCAACAUGUUUAGACUUUAUUACUUUAAUGUAAGUUAUCCAUUGCACAAAAUGAACUUCAUUUGCACUCUCUCUGAAAAA